CUUUGAAUUUAACAUAUGGACAAAACCAGAUUGUGCUGGAACAGAAUUUGAGAACAGUAAUAGGACAUGGUUUUAUUUUGGAAUUAAAGGUGGAGCUCCAUUUGUUCUUGUGAAGCUUAACAUUGUGAAUCUGAACCGUCAGUCAAAGAUGUACAGUCAAGGGAUGGCACCAGUAUUUCGCACAGUGCCAGGUCGCAACCAUUGGGAUCGUGUCAAGGAGAAGCCCUCUUACACAGUUGAAGAUGAUGCGUUCAUCUUAAGUUUCAAGUACCGCACCCUGGAAAACAUCCGAGCCACAACUUUCUUUGCCUUCACAUAUCCAUAUUCAUACGUGGAACUACAGAAUUUGUUAAAUUCUGUUGAUGCACGCUUCAGAAGCUCUCCUGGUGAAUUUCAAGCACCAAAUUGCCUUGAUGAUGUCUACUAUCAUCGGGAAUGUGUGUGUUAUUCUUUGGAAGGGCGAUUGAUAGAUCUUAUUACUAUAUCAUCGUACCAUAAUAUGAGUUCCGAAAGAGAGACCAGACUCAGGCAUUUAUUUCCAAUGAGUGAUGUUCCAAGGCCAUUUCGCUUUUAUGGAAAGAAGGUUGUGUUUGUUAGUGCACGAGUACAUCCAGGUGAAACACCAUCCAGCUUUGUUCUGAAUGGCUUAUUGAAUCUUCUGUUAGCACGUGAUGACCCAUUGGCUAUUCUGCUGAGGAAAAUGUAUGUGUUCAAACUAAUUCCAAUGUUAAAUCCAGAUGGAGUCUCCCAGGGUCAUUACCGCACUGAUACACGAGGUGUCAAUUUGAAUCGUGUGUAUUUGAAUCCAGUGUUUGAACUACAUCCUUCAGUAUAUGCUGCACGUUCACUGAUACGAUAUUACCACCAUGGUAAAGAAAUAGAAGAGGAGUGUACAAUGGAUUCUGUGAUUCCAAAUGUGGAUUGUAAAAGUAAUUUGUUAUUAAGUGUAAGUGAAAUAGAGGAACUAAAAUAUGGUGGUGCUGUUACUGUGUCUUCUCUCGAGUCUUUGAGUUCUGAAAAACAAGAUGUUGUAAGGAACAACAAAGAAGAUUUACAACACCUAUCUGAUACAAACAGAAUUUCCAACAUAGAAAACCAAGUGUCAGGUCUUAGCUUAGAUGAAAAGCAAAACGAAUACCUGAAUUACUUUACACCAAACACUAAUAACAGUGCAGAUUUAUCACUGCAUAACAGUAUAAAUAUGGCGAUGGAAGAAAAAAAGGAUGUGAUUUCCAGAGUUCAUGAGGAUAGACUGAAUAUUGUAGGUAACAAUGAUGCUGUAUCCAAAUAUAGCAACAGAUCCAUUUCUGUUCUUGCCGAAGCCCUGCCUGAAAAAUCUUUGCUUAGAAAUAUACCAUCAGUUGUUGAAGUGUCUUCAAUUCCACUUUAUACAUGCCAGAUGGAUGAAAAAAUUACAGAUGAUUCAGUCUUUAAUAGUAUUGGUAAUUUUGGUGGUUGUUUAUCAGAUAGUGUUACCAGUAUUUGUGAGAAGGUAUCCAAUGAAGACCACAGUAUAGGACCGAGCUCUGAAGGAGCCAGUGCUGGCAGGAAUAGUAAACAGAACUGCAAACAUCUGAAGCUUGAAGCAGGAGACUUACUUAGUGUCAACUCCCAGCAAGUCGAUCCAAACCAUAAUAAGUCUCAGGAAGGACUGUCAGAUCUGGUUAAUUCCAAGGAAGUUACAACUACACCUGAAGAUAGUGGCCUGUUCCUGUAUGUAGAUUUACACGGACAUGCUUCAAAAAAGGGAAUUUUUAUGUAUGGCAAUUACUUUGAAGAUGUGGAGGACAGCAUAGAAUGCAUGUUGUUGCCCAAGAUCAUGUCGCUGAAUUCUCAGAAUUUCCACUUCACAGCAUGUAAUUUUACUGAGAGGAUUAUGUAUCUGAGAGACAGGCGUGAUGGGAUGAGCCGAGAAGGAUCAGGUCGCGUAGCAGUAUUGAAAACAACAGGACUUGUUCGUAGCUACACUCUGGAAUGUAAUUACAACACAGGAAGAUUGGUCAAUAUCUUGCCACCCUGUGUGAAGGAAAGCAAGAAUUCUCCUGCUGCAACAUUAAUGGUGCCACCAAAGUAUACACCACAAGUAUUUGAAGAGGUUGGUCGUGCUUUGGGAAUUUCAAUCUUAGAUUUGACAGGCUCAAACCCUUGGAGUCGGAUUCAACAUUCAGAGUUCCGCACAUUGUCAGGGAUCCGUGAUUGGUUGAGAAUUAAUUAUUUACCAGAGCAGAACUAUGUUCACAAGAUGCAAGUCCAAAGGCAAGUGAAACAUCAGACAUGUAAUGCACAGGUUGGUGGUAUGGCUGGAAUGUCUAUUGGGGUGCCUCCACGCUUCAUGCAUCCUUCAAGCAGUAAGAGUCGUCUAACAACCAACAAACCUGAUACAAACUGUGUGCGGACCCGACGUCUUGCUCCUAUUGUUACCAAGUCUUCUGAGUCUAAGACUGGUCCUAUCAAGGUUUCCAGCAGUUCACACAUUGGUGUUCUGUGUCAUGCAGAUCUAAAAUCUGUGAAUGGUACUAUUGAAAAUGUUGGUGAAGAUUCUGAACGAAAGGAGAACAUGUCCAGUUUUCAGACUGGUUCAUGUUCACAGUCAUCUUCCUGUGUAAAAGUUACCAAAGCUUUUACUGAACCUAAAGAGAACAUUGGACCUUGCUCUUCACAGAGUUAUUCAGGAACACCUAAGAAAUUAAAAAGUGCUCAGAGUUCUAGCAGUGGGGUGUUAAAACAAGUCCUGGUUGUUCAGAGCAAGUGUGCAACCAUAAGUUCCUUGGGAGGUGGUUCCAAAAUGGUGAAAGGUAGCAUCAACACAGGAAGGAUGGAGGGAAUCACAGCUCUAGGAAGUGUGGCAGUGGCAAAGAAAGGAAUUCAAGUUUCCUCACCUUCAAACAUUCGUAUUUCCAAGUUUCGAAGGUCAAGUAUAACAAGGCUAUCUGAAGGAGGAAGUCAAGAGGAACGUACCUUUUCAGAAGUGCGUUCAGCCAAGGGUAUAUCAGAAUGUAGAGGAAAGAAAGGGUCCAACCAAGUUGGUAUUAGAAACAUGAAUGCUAAGUCCUGUUCAUCAGUUAAUAAAACUGGAUGUGCAAAGGAUGAACAGAAGAUUAUAUCAGAUCAAACUGUUGUUAAACAAGGUCCAAAGCGUUUAAAAAUGUCUUCUUUUAAAACUGAAAAUACCUGUAGGAGUUUGCCUCUUUCAGAAGUUUCAUUUAAAAGUGAAGUUUUAAAAAACAAGGCAAAACGUAAAGACAUUUGCGUGACUAAGGUAAGUAAGGAAAAAAAGUUCAGUAACAAGUAUGAUGUAAAUAUGAAGUCAUUGAACUUGGUUGAUAAUGCUGAAUCUCCUAUUUUGAGCCAGAAAGUGGAUAUUCUCUGGGACUCAAAUCAGAAUGUAUCCUUAGAUUCAUCAUAUCAAAACUCUCCAAAGAUAAGGGGAAAACAUACAAGGAAGAAGCCAUUGCCACAAAAUAGUAAUGUUAAACCAGUAACACCUGUCACUAGAGCUCCCGUACCUAACUCUAAGUGUAUUGGCAGUGGCAGUAAAGUCAAGUAUAGUACAAAAUCUGAGAAACAGGGUAAGGGAUGGUUCCCACAUUUGUUACCUAUUAAGACACUGCAAAAGAGGAAAAAUACAGAUUCAGGCAGAAAAAAUGGCAAAGUCUCACUGAGAAGUCUUACAACAUCUAUUAGCAGAUUUCAAGCUCUGUCAAGUGAAUCAAACCAAUUUGUACAACUAGAAAAAAAGCGAAAGAAAUUAAAAUCAAAGUUUCUUUGACAGUGCCAGUCAUUGCUCAAGGAAGAAACAGCAUCCUGUGAUAUCCUACAAGUUUAUCAAUAUACCAUUUAAAAGAUGUAUAGUUUAAAGAUUAAAUUGUUUAAAUAAACUAUUAUGUUUAUAUUUAAUGUAUUUAUACAUUACUUAUAUAUGAGAAGAUUUUUAAUUGUAAUUUACAUUCAGUACAUGCAGGUUUUCUUCUAAAGAAAGAGAAGUCCCUUUGCUGUGAUUGUGUAUUAAGAUCCAGUUGCUUGUGUAAUUGCCAGUUAAUGGAUAUGUCUAAAAGGCUUAAAUCCUGAAUCUGAUUACUUGCAUACAUUUACACAUAUUCAUGUCUUGAAUAUACCUAACUUGUUUCAUUUGAAUUUUACUAUAUGUAGUAACAUGAUUAGUCAUUAUUUUUAAAGGGACAAAUUUGUGUAGUUGAUUCAGUCAGCUGUCUUACACAAUGAAAGUUCACAAAAUUGGUUAUAUAAAGCUUUAACAUUGCUUUUCACUUGAAAAGGAUCACAUAUUUUCACUUUUUGAUAAAUCUGAUGUUCAUACAUUCUCAAAAAUUGAUAUUGUUGUGGAUUACAUUCAAGAUCCUAAUGUUUUUAUCUGCAUUUAUGCUACAGUCUUUAUAAUGGCUAUUAUUAUUUAGGUAUAUGUUUAAACAGACUUGUAUUUAUUGUCAUACAGAAUUUAUGGAAAGAAAUAUAGCAGCAGCAUCAUAUGUACAGAAGCAUAGUGUUCAUCUGAUACAACACAAUUAUGGAAUUCUAAAAUCAUACACACACAUAGGCCUGUUGUGGCAGGAAGUAUCAGUUUGUAGUUAAAUAUAUACACUUAACCAUUGGUACUGUAAAUAUAUGUAAGUCUGAAUCAGUUUUUGUUCUGUAAACAUUAUUUUUUGGUAUGGAGUUAUAAUUAAAUAUCUUAGGUGAAAUCAAUAAAUUACUUUAUUUCUGAGUAAAAAUAUCAAGAAAAUUGUGGUCUUCUCAUUUUUAACAGUUAUAGUUACUGUAUACUGUGUAGAAUACUACAAAAUUGCUUUUAAAAUUCCAAAUAAAACAGGGAAUGUACCUCAUAAAUAGUAUUAAUACCUAAGCAGACUGAUAUUUAACAUAGUUGCUUGAAGAGCUAGUGGUUACAUUGAGUUAACCUUACAUUGGAAAACUUGUUCUGUUAAGUGUUUAUGUUAGUUUAAAAUUUUGUGGAUAUUUCAGAUUGUAGUUUUGUUUCAAAAUUGAAUUGAUGAUUGCAGAAACAAUGUAAGUGACUUUUUUCAAAAUCAAAUUACUUUAUUGAAUGUGUUCUAUGAAAGUAAUUACACAUUGCAGAAAUCAAGAGAAUUCUGUCAGCCUCUUAAAUUUUUAAAUUCAGGUAUUCAGGAUUUGAAAGAGAAACAACAAAAGUCAUUGACUAAUGCUGUUUGUGUUCUUUCUGUGAAUUGGCAGCUGUGACAGGCAGAACAAAUAAAUUAAAGUAUUUUAUUUUAAAGUUUGCUGUGAAAAUGAACAUUGUAAAAAAGAAAAUUUUUUGACCAGUGUAAGCCUGGUAGGGCUGCCUAGAGGUCAGCUUACCUCUGUUUGUAGAUCAAAUGUGUUGUCAGAGGAUGGUUCUUAAUUAACAUUAUAAAGCAGGAAUACAUAAAGAAGCUGAAAGAGUAAGCCACGUUUCUACUGAUUUCAUAGCUUAGGAUUCUUAUUAGAGUGGCUGACCCAAGAAAUUGGCUUAAUACAGAGAUGCAAAACUAAAUUUAUAAAAUUGUGGAUGAUUUUCUUUCCCUGUUUUUUUCUUACAUACUUCUUAUGUUAGAUUUGUUAUACCCAUUUUAAAGUUGAAUUUAAUUUAUUUUGCACAUAGCCUUAUUAUUUCUUUAUGUGCCUUUUUUGCAUUGCUUAAUGAGUUACUAUAAUAAUAUGCUAUACAUUAUUCCUUAUGUAAAUUAGGUGUGUAUUGCAGAAGUUAUGUAUAACUAAAAUAUAAAAUACAAAUGCACAAUUUUUUUCUAAUAGUAAUUAAUAAUAACAGUAUAUGCAAUAAGCCUGGUUUGAAAAGGGUUUUUAUGGAGCUUAAACAUUCAGUGAAACACUCCCUGCACUUUCUGAAUAUGGGUACUUCUUAUCAAUGCAAUUAGAAGUUCUGAUCACUUUUUUUUGUCUCCUGAAGAGUUUGUGAUUCUUGACUUAUGUUGUUUUUGAAAUCAUCGAUUCAGUAUGUUUUUAUGUAUUCAGUGUAGAAUGAAAUGAUAAUGAAUUGUUGUAUUUAUAAAAUAUAUUCCUUUGUGUAACAGUGUAUUUCAGACUGCAAUGUUAAAUACUUUGCAGUGAUCAGUGAGUGACAAUUAUUAAUGCCUGUUAUGCCAGUGUUGAAAGGUCACAUCUCUUGAUUACUGUAACUAAAAUUUAUGGACACAAGUUAGUGUCACCAUUAUUGCUAUUUAAGAGGUCAUUUGAUUUCAUUAGUGAGUUUGUUUUUAUUCUGGUAUUGGAAAGUGCUUGGCUUACUCCCAAGACUCUUAUUAAAAAUGUAUUACAGUAAAAACUCUAAAAGGUCUAUUUAAAAAUUGUAUAUAGAUAUACUUGCAAAUCAGUUAUUAUUGUCAUCAGAUGGUUGCCUUCUGCAGUUUUCACUGGCUCUGAUAAUGAAUUUUGUAAUAAGUUAUAUUAUUGAGAAGAAAGGAGAGGUUUCUUGUUAGUUAAAUGGUACAGUAAGUGGAUGUGUGGAGGAUAAGUAUGGGGUCAUGACUUCUACAUUUUAUCAUAUCUAGAAUAGCAUGAAAAUAUGAAAAUUCAGAUUUCCAUAACCUUGCCUUCCUGAUUAUGAGACAGGACACUCUUAGUACUAGUGGAUAAUUUACUUUUUAAUUCAAGUAGUAAUUUACAAGUAAGUUUGCUUUAUAUUGUUUUAUUUAAUAAUUAACCAAGCAUAAACAUUAUCUAGUUAAUAUAUAAUAUGUAAGUACAUUAAAAAAAUAAUGUACUUUUUUGAUACAAUAAUCUCUGCUUCGUCACAUUUAUUGAAGAACAAAUAUGUGCAGUUCAUGAUACCUUGGCCUGCAGGAACAAAUGCUUCAAGUUCUAAGGCUUAUAUGCUUGUCUAGAUUGAUAUUUAGGAGUUGGUUAUUAGGUACUCUGAGAUUAAGAAUAUUCUGAAACAAUGAUAUUAUAACUGAGUACUUGAAAGGUACUAAAAACUUCAGUAAUGCCUACUGUCAUUUGUGAAGCAAGUGUUUUAAAAUAAAGAUGGCUUUCUUCUGGGUUGUAUGCCAUGGUGUCGUAGAGUUUAUUAACGUUUCAGAGGUACUUGCUGCUUCCAUCAUUGGGGCCCAUUGGUUUAUUCUACCAGACUCCAUGUGUUACAGAAUUAUUUUCAUCAGCUUGUAGAAGCUAGCAUUUUAUGACUUACUGUUCUGUUCAGCCAUUUCCUGAACUACAGUAAUGGAAAUCAUAAGCAAGAGCCCAACUGAUGGACAAGUAAAAUGUGAAAUACCAUACAUCAUCUUGAUGUAUGAAUUAAUUUUAGAAAACUGUAUUAGUAUGAAUAUUAAUAUUACUCUAAUGUUUUUGUAAAUGUUCCCAGCUUGCUAGACAUACAAAGACUACUGAAAAUGAUUGUUGGCAUGUGAUGGGUUUAAAAUUGCACAACCAGUUCAGUAAUUUGAUAAAGUAUUAUUAAUACAUAGUUUGCAGAAAUUGAAGCUGCACAUAAAAGAAGCGUGUUCUUGUCCACUGGAACAACUCUAACACAAAAUUUUAUUUGUACAUGUCUGUGUGGUAUUGACAGGUUACAAAAUUAAAGUAGCUGGGGAAGAAGUCUGAGGAGUGUUAUCUUUGCAGUAAUGUUGAUAAAAAAAAGGUGUUAUGUAAUUGAUGUACUGCUGGAGUUUGGUAAAUCACGAAAUGUGAUAAUUUUUAUGGCACUUUGCACUGAUAACAAAUCUGAUUUAAGUUGUAAAAUUAAUAUAAACUUUCUCUUUAUUGUUGCAGAAGUAAAUUUUUGAAGGAGAACAUUAUAAAAAAAUGUUGGCAGUGAAUUCUGUAACUUGAAAUGAUGACAUUGUGAUUUUAUUAUCAAAAUAAUUUUCAACCUGGAGCAAUCUCUUUUCCAAAAAUUAUGACUCAUUGCUGUAGAAGCCAUUAUACAUAAUCAUGGGAACAGAACAUUUGAAACUUUUGAAUUCAAAGUACCAUGUCUUAAACCUAAAUGUUAUAUAUUAUUAAAUAUUUUGUAUUUUGUACUUGUAUACAAUAUUUAUAUCAUGAAUGUUGUGCUUUUAAAUUUGAUUCCAUAUUCAGUAGGCUGUAGAAUUUAGAAAUGGCACAGAAAUAAUUAUCAACUUGUUGUUGGGCUGUGCAUAGUAUUUAUAUGUCUGUAAUGAAACCCCAUACAAUUUGGUUGAAAUUAUUGCACUAUUAUGGGUUGUGGGAAUCUUGUAUGGCUAUGUUUGGCUAAUUUACCAAUGGAUAACAUGUUUGGAUGUAUGAAAUAGAACAUAAAUGUUACCGGGAAUAUUAAAUACCAUAUUUAUAGUAACAUUUUGAUAUACAAGAUUAAGACACAGGUUUUUUACCAACCAAAUACAGUUUUAGAGUACUGGGAUGGCAGAAGUCAGAGAGUUUUACUUCCACAGUGAUAAUUUUUAAGUGAAUUAGUGUCUCCAUCAUAAUUCACUUGCAGUAUAGGUUUAUUGUUAUAUAUUUUAUGGCUGCUGUAAGUAAAUUGAAUUUUAUCAUAUCUCCAGUUAUAACAUUGUGUCAUGUACAUGCUCACCACUUUUAGAAUUAUUAUACCAUCAUCAUCACUUCCACCAUUAUUAUUAUGUACCUUAGGGACAAGGUCUGUCUCUGGUACAUGGAAGUACAUACCCCAUAAAGUGGUGAAUAGAUGGGAUAAUAAUAAUAAUAAUAAAUAUUAUUAUUACUGUUAUUAAAAGAAAUGAACAUGUUCAUGACUUCCAUGGUUUCUUAGAAGAAAACAAUAUGUUUAUUGCUUAUUUCUUACCACCAUACUAUUCAUUGUUUCAAAGUACAUAUAUUAAACUAUGUGUACUGAUCGAUAUUGUAUAGAGUUAGUGUAUUCAAAUUGUUUUUGUGUGCACACAGUGUUAUUAGCAUUACCUGUAAAUUUGUAACUUUCAGAAAGAACCUUGGUGUUUUAACAUUUAUAUGUUUGUUGAACAUUGCUCUAUGGAUACAUCUUUAAGUAAUAAUAGUGAAACUGGACAACUGCUAUGAUAACAUGGUCAGCAUAACAUAUGUAUAGGCCUACUCAUUAUUUUAAUGUUCCUAUUGCUUGCUUCUUCAAGAAUAAUUGUUUGUGAUUUAUAAAAGUGUUCAUUGAAUAUAAAUCUUGGGAGCCAUCUUAAGAAAAUAGAAGAUGUACUUUAUAUCUCUGCUAUUGGAAUUAACAAAUUGGUGUUCCUUGUGAAUUCUGGGAAGGAAAUUUUAAAGAUUAUAACCUUUGAAACAUAAAUCCCAUUUUAUGUACCUCAUAGGACUUUAUCAAAGAUUUUGCGCAGGAAAUGGGGGAGAAAGUGGCUGGCAGAAUUGAAGUUCUGAACUAAAAAUAUGUUAUGAUAUAUUCAUUUAGUGAGGCAUCUUCACUGGUACAGUGGGUACCACAGCUGCUAUAUGAUGUCUUAUGAACAGCUUGUCUACCCAAGUUAUAGAAAAUUAAAAUAUUGCCUUAUAUGUGAAGUACAAUUUUGUAAUUGUUCAGCCUGUUGUAACUCUGGGCUUUUCCUUCCAUUGUGAUCACUUCUUCCAAAAUGUUACCACUUGUUUUUAUUCUUUGAAAGAAGUAAUUGUUAUGAUGUAACUGUUGAUUGAUAUUGAAAUCAAUAUUACAGUAUGAUCCUUUCAUGAGCUGGAUUAACAGAUCUUAAGAAUACUUGUUGAAUGCAAUAUAACAGUUACUUCUAUAUGAAACAAGUGUGUUUGAGAACAUGACUAACUUACACUACACAGUGCAAAGAUUUGUAUUUCAUUUAACUUACAUGUUUGGUAAAAUUAUAUUCCUAAAUGACAUGCCAUUUUCAUGUGUGAGAAUCAUGAAGUGACAGUUGAUGUUAUUUAUAUAACUUGUCAUUAUGUUUAAAAUAGGUGACAAACAUUCAAGUGUGGAUAACAUUCAAGCACAUUAAGAAGUUUAAAUAUGUAAUAAUCUGCAUUUGCUUUAUUGUGUUUAUUGUCAGCACCACAUGAUUAAGAUUUUCUGUAUCAGAAUGUUUUAAAUUUUCUGUGCAUACUGAACGCAUGUAUCCAUACCACAUUUUGCUGAUUUAGCUAUGAGGCUAUAUUAGUAAGAGGAUACAGUUGAUGAAAUUUAAAUUUACCAAUGGUUUCAUGGAUGGUCAUUGUUGAAUUCAAAGGACGGGAAGGAUAUUAGGAGUUGAACGCUGGAAACAGCAAAAGCUGCAACAGAAAUUUCAGUGAUUUACCGUGUGUGUUGUCAAUGUAUGAUCUUUCAUUGUUCAGAAAGUACGAGUGCAAACUAGAUACAAAAAUAGUGUUAAAGCUUGACUGUGUUGAAGCUUGACUUUGUUGUAGUGCACUUGAUAAAGGAAAGUGGACUCUGAAUAACCACCAGUACUGUGCAUAUUCUGUUAUUUAACACAAUUAUACUUUAGUUUAAUAUUUAUUGAAGUACAGUAUGAAUCUGUAAUUGAGAAACAUGUACUGGAAUAAGUUGCAGGCAAAGGAAUAGUUAAAAUUGUUAUUCAUUUAUGCUAUUUGGUUUUUAAGUGAUUUUGUAAAAAUUGACUGCAGGUGUAACAAAGUUUUAGUUAAGUUUUUAUUUAUGCGUUAUGUCUGUUACUUCCAAGCUAUCUCAUGUUCAUAAUUUACCAGCCAUUAGAUAUUGUAAUUAUAUUUUAAUGUUACUUAAACAGAUUAUGAUAUAUUUACAUGUAAAUGUUGUGUUAAUGUACUGACAUUAUCUAAUUUUGUAUGUAUAUGCUGUACAUUCAGUAAUUCUGUGAUUAAAAGGCUUACUUUAAUAUAGAAAACAAGAAGAAAAACA